AUGUACAUGCUCAAGGGCCUCUCCGUCCUCGCUGCCGCGACUACCGCGCUUGCCGCUACUGUCUCCUACGACACGGGCUAUGACGAUGGCUCCCGCUCUCUCACCGCCGUGAGCUGCUCGGACGGCGAGCACGGCCUCAUCACCCGCUACGGCUGGCAGACGCAGGGCCAGAUCCCGCACUUCGCCAACAUUGGUGGCUCCGACAGCAUCCCCUCGUGGAACUCUCCCAACUGCGGAACUUGCUGGCAGCUCAGCUACAACGGCCAGUCCAUCUUCAUCCUGGCCAUCGACCACGCCGCGGCCGGCUUCAACAUUGCUUUGGAUGCCAUGAACAAGCUCACCAACGGGCAGGCGGUCGCCCUGGGUCGGGUCGAGGCUAACGCCGUGCAGGUGGAUGUCAGCAACUGCGGCCUGUAA